AUGAGUAUGAACCUACCUUUCUUACAGGUCGAUGUUUUCACUAGUAUCCCUUUCAUGGGGAAUCCUGUUGCUGUGGUUAACUGCAUGAAUGCGACAGACGGUAUAAUCUCUGAUGAACAGCUGCAGAGCAUUGCCAAUUGGACCAACCUCUCUGAGACGACUUUCCUCUUCAAGCCAAGUGACGAGAAAUGCGAUUACAAGGUCAGAAUAUUCACACCUGCCAGUGAAUUGCCAUUCGCUGGGCAUCCAACGGUCGGAUCUGCCAGAGCCUACUUGAAAUUCACUGGGAAAACGAAAGUAAAGUCCCUUUUGCAAGAAUGCGAGUUAGGUAUUGUUAAUCUGAGUAUUGCUGAUAAUGGCAAGAUCUCAUUCAGAGCCCCUAGUGUUAAUAUUGAAGAGAUCUCGCAUAGCGCUAUUGAUGAGUACCAGCAGAGCUUGUCAAUUGAACAUGUAGCAACCCCAAAACUUCUGCAUGUGGGCCCUAAAUGGGUUGUUUACUUAACUUCUAACGCGGAUACUUGUUACAAUGCUAACCCAGAUUUUGCCGGAUUGGCUAAAGUGAGCAAGCAUUAUGGUCACAGUGGUAUCAUCUUGGCUGGUAAGAAGCCUGGUGAGGGAAACGAGUACGAAAUGAGAGCUUUUGCGCCAUGUGAGGGUGUCGAUGAGGAUCCAGUCUGUGGGAGUGGGUCGAUCGCACUUAUUGGGUACUUGCAAGAUCUUUACGAGGUCCAAGAGACGACCGAAUUCAAGAUAACUCAAGGUGGAAGAGUUAAGAGACAGGGUCAUAUUUCAUCUAGGGUUGUAGCUGAGAAAGAUGGCGAGUUAAGUUUCGUUUCUGGUGGUGAUUCCGUGAUCAUCAUUGAGGGUUCAAUAACACUUUAA